AUGCGCAAGUUCACAUUGGCCCUUCUGGCCUUGAGUGGCCACACUGGCUUGGCUGCUUCCUCAUAUAUCGAUGUGUUAUCAGACAAUGCCAAAGAACUUUUCACGGAAAGUAUGGACUGGAUGGAUACAUAUUACGAUACCAGAGCCGGUUACUUGUACGACGUCAGUGCUACUGCAGCUCUUCGACAUGAGACGCGGAGUUCGGCAUGGUAUGCUUUUGGCCUCUUGGCUCGGAACAAAGGACACGAUGUUUCUGAAGCCGAGAAGAUUAUUCAAGGCAUCAUACGUGGCCAGUACAAAGAUCCUGCUGACGAAUGGUACGGCACAUACCAACAGACGCCUGAGGAACCUUUAGUGGGAUCAGCCAACUACCUCCCUGAAAUAUACCACUCAUGGGAUCCGAAUUGGAGAGGUUUCAUUGGAACUACUUUCAUCAUGGCUCUGGAGGAGUUCCCGAAGCUCAUCAGCAAGCCAACACAGGAGCUUAUGCUCGAAUCCCUUCACAAUGCCACCAAGGGUGAUGAGUAUCGCUUUGGUAAUCUCGACCCCAAGAAGGAUAACUUGUACCCAUCCUAUAGCAACCCAGCCAUCAUGCGAGCCUUCAUGUCAGGAUGGACUGGCCGUCGUCUGAAAGAGUCCAACAUGACAAGAAGCGGCGAGAGAUAUGCUCAACAAAUCAUUGACCUGUUCGAUCGCGCCAACACUCUGUCCGAGUUUAAUUCAGGCACAUACACUGGCGUCUCUUUGUACGGUCUCACACUGUGGAGCAAGUAUUUGCCCAAGGACUCAAUUAUGGCAAAGCAUGGGCCCGAAAUGAUCAAACACACCUGGGAGGCAGUCGGAAGUCUCUGGCAUCCUGGAAUGAAGAACAUGGCCGGACCGUGGGAUCGCUCAUACGGAUAUGAUAUGAACCGCUAUCUCAGUCUGAUGGCUCUCUGGUUUUGGGCUUUCAUUGGAAAAGAAAAUUCCUCACUCAUCCAAAAGCCACAAGUUAUGUCGCACAUGGCUGACUAUGCCUGGGCUCCUCUCUUUGCUGUAUUGGCCAAGAGUCAUAAGAAUUUGAUCCCUAAACAAGUUCUCGCGGGUCUAACAACUUUCAAGGGAGAACACAACUUCACCGCCAGUACCUUCUACCCUCCGUUUGACACUGUUCCUCGCAACAUUUCGACUUGGGUGUCCAAGGAUCUCACUAUUGGCGCACAAUCGUUCAGGCAGAUCUCUCUGGGUGGGCCUGGUCAAAGUCAGGAAGCGUACAACCCUGCCGUCGUUCAAUGGGAUACUGGGAAAGAAAUCUCAUUCAUUUCCCUGUACCCAAGUGAGACAGCUCUGGACGUCGAGGUUGGUCCCGGCAAACUUCAUCUGUCAUACCCACGAGGAAACUCAAGCUCGGUCUUCAGUUUGCUUGUGGGAACAUUCAUAGGUAAACCUACGAUCGAAAGCUGGGAAGAUUUGCCGAACUUGCAAGUUAACGUAUCUGGCAACACCAAUCCCAAGUUUCAGUUGAGCUUCGGCGGCGCAUUUGGUGGAAGCUCAAAGACUUUGAGGGACUUUGAACUGUGGAACUUCACUUAUACUAUGCCUGAGAGUUUCCAAGGCGUACCAGCUUUGACAUUGGACUUGAAGACAUUGCUAUGA